UUAAAAGUGUCAUGGCCGCCAAGGAUAAGAUUCGUCACCUCACGUUGAUUUAGAUUGAUUAUUUUCCGUUUUUUGUCGCCGCAGAAUGGUUAGAAUUUUAGCGAACGGCGAAAUCGUGCAGGACGACGAUCCGAGAGUACGGAGACCCAACCAGCAAAAUCAGCAGGCCCCAAGAAGACAGGGGUACAUCCGGCACGAGGAGAAUCCGAACGUUGGACCAGGUGGGCAGCAUGUGCAGCAGGUGUCCAUGUUCGAUGCGAUAAACCAGAAACUUUUGGCACUGGGCAUCCCUCGUUUUCAGCUCGCGGGCACGACGGUGGAACCGAUCGCGACGGUUGGGGUGGUUCUGGUGUUCCUGCUGAUGGGAGUGAGAGGACUUCUGUUCAUCGGGCUGCUGUUUGGGGUGUCGUACCUCAGCAGGCAACAGUGAGAACUGGCUGAAAAUAACAUCGUAUCGCACAUUCUUAUACCUGCCCUCCCCC